AGGAUAUCAUGUGUAUCAAUUGAAGCCCACAAGCGAGGCACAGGCCAAGCUGUUGCAUGAGUUGAGUCAGCAGGGCUACGACUUUACGCAAAUGAGCCGCAAGGACGCACGUGUUGUAGUGAGUCCUGAGCAGCUGUCAAGCUUCAAAUCGCUGCUACAAGAGCAAAACUUAAUCUAUGAGCUGCUGAGCGAUAAUCUGGAGGCAGUGCUUGCCAAGGAGUUUGCGCAACGUUCUCUAGUCCCAUUGCCACAGGCUGGCAAGGGACGUCUGAGCACGGAGCGUUAUUACACCCACGAGGAGAUCAUGAACUAUAUUGCUGAUUUGGCAGCGCGUUUCCCCAAGCGCGUGUUUGUGCGCACUGUGGGUUGGUCCUAUGAGCAGCGCGCCUUGAAGACCAUUACCAUCACCAAUGGCGAUGGACGUGCCAACAAGAAAGUUGUCUUUGUGGAUGGUGGCUUCCAUGCCCGUGAGUGGAUCUCACCCGCAGCCGUGCUGUAUAUGAUUGAUCAGCUAGUGGAACACUUUGAGGAGAACGCUUACCUGCUGAAGGAUUAUGAUUGGGUUAUCCAGCCUAUGGUGAAUCCUGAUGGCUAUGAGCAUACGCAGACUGGCACCACAGCUCGCAUGUUCCGCAAAACUCGUCAGCCCUAUCGCCAGCUGGGUUUAACUUGCUAUGGUGCUGAUCCUAAUCGUAACUUUGAUUUCCAUUGGAAUGAGGAGGGCGCUUCUUCAAGCCCCUGCAUGGAUACCUUUGCCGGACCACAUGCUUUCUCCGAGCCAGAGACAAUUGUUAUAAGAGAUUUGAUGCAUUCGCUGGCAGAUCGUGGUGUUAUGUAUCUCACCAUACACUCCUAUGGCAACUAUUUGCUGUAUCCUUGGGGCUGGACUAGCGACUUACCCGACACCUGGCAAGAUCUGGAUGAUGUUGCACGCGCUGGCGGCGAUGCUAUCGAAGCUGCCACCGGCACUGUCUAUGAGGUGGGCAGUUCCACAAAUGUGCUCUAUAUUGCUGCUGGUGCUAGUGAUGAUUAUGGUUUCUAUGCUGGUUUUAAUGUAUCCAUUACAAUGGAACUCAGCGGUGGCGGCUCGCUGGGCUUCAAUCCUCCAGAGAGCUCUAUUGAGUCAUUCGUAAGCGAGACCUGGAUCGGUGUACGCGCCAUGGCCGAAAAGCUUAUUGAAAAGUAUUAAACUGAAGAGUGCGCCAAUUCUGAAACAUUUUGUUACUCUUGACUUAGUUUCUUUUAAGAGUAUUUAUAACGACAACAAUAAACUGUGUUCUAGAUUAAAAACAA